UUUCCCAAGCAAAGUAUUGGCCACAGCCACGUACGAGCCUGACUUUAUGUCAUCCAAAAUUGGUGUACCUUUGGGUUCCCAGCUGAGCUUCUUUUGCGCCUUGGCUCCCGACGCUCUAUUCUCCGCCUUUAGAAACCAAGCAAUAUUUUCCCCGAAUCCAGCCAGUGCAUCAUCGUACGAGAUAUCCUUAUCGAGCACGCCGACAGAAGAAUUGAUGGCAUGGAAGAGAACAGCCAUGGUUAAAUCGGUUUGAGAGCCGGCAUUGAAGAUGUCGCCUGCCUCGCCUUUCUGGAGAGCCAAAAGCACCAAGCGCACGCCAUCAUCGACAUGAACGGCCGUGGUUCGAUUUUGACCUCCAUUGACAGUCGGCAAGCCACCCAUGUUUUUGGCCAUGCCCAUGAAGCGAGCGAUGCCGCUGCCGCUGCGACCGUAGGUGAAAGGCGACAUGCGAACGACCAUUAUCCGGACACCUCGCUCUUUUGCUAGAGAUAGUGCAUGGUUCUCGGCUUGGACGCGUACGUUGAGAUGGCUGGGUUCUGGAGGAGCUUCCUCGUUGGUUUCGUUGCCAUUAGGAUCCGCUUGUACUGUCAAUGUCCCCGAAAAGGUGAUGAGAGGUUUGUUCGUGCCGACGAUUCCAUCGGCCAUCGCAUCCACGGCGGCGUUAUCAAUGGGAAGGGCAUCUUCAUAUUUGCCCUGCCCGAAAACAUAAGCGGUAGCCACGUUGACUAUGGCGUCGGCCUGCUUGCUUUCGCUUCGAAGAACAUCUAUUGUGCCAAAUCGUUCGCUCAAACUACAAGGCAAUGUCCCCGAGAAAAAUAUGGGCAAUCAAUACCAAGGCUCGCUUGCUUACCUUGUACCCAUCCGCAACCGCAGUUUCGAUCAACACUCCACCGACAUACCCUGUCCCUCCAGUAAC